AUGGCUGUUGCGCCUCCUCUCAAUGUCGGUUGGGGAUAUGGAGUUGUCCUCGGCAUCGGCGCCUUGUUCGCCCUGGGCAUGAUCUUCGUCACGUGGUCCCUCAAGCGUUACAACAAUGAGCUCCAGACCUCUGAAAUGUUCAGCACCGCUGGUAGAUCCGUGAAGUCUGGUCUGGUGGCAUCUGCAGUCGUCUCGUCUUGGACCUGGGCAGCGACCCUGCUUCAAUCUUCCACUGUUGCAUACAAAUAUGGCGUUUCCGGCCCCUUCUGGUAUGCCAGCGGUGCUACCGUCCAAAUUCUACUCUUCUCCGCCCUCGCCAUUGAGUUGAAGAAGAAAGCGCCCAAUGCCCACACCUUUCUGGAAAUUAUCAAGGCUCGAUAUGGCACAUUCACACACGCUAUCUUCAUAACCUUUGGUUUGAUGACGAACAUCCUCGUGACCGCGAUGUUGUUGACUGGGGGUGCCGACGUCGUCGCGGCCCUCACCGGCAUGCCCACCCAAGCUGGUUGUUUCUUGCUGCCAAUAUUCGUGGCAAUUUAUACCAUGUUCGGAGGAAUUAAGGCUACAUUCUUGACUGAUUGGGUUCACACCGUUAUCCUGAUCAUCAUCAUCUUCGUCUUUGCAUUCACCACAUACGCCAAUGGCCACAUGUUGGGAUCUCCUGGCGCAGUGUACGAUCUUCUCGUCAAGGCUGCUGCCGCGCAUCCUGUUAGUGGCAAUGCUGAAGGCUCCUACUUGACCAUGCGAAGCAAGGAGGGGGCCAUCUUCUUCGUUAUCAACCUUAUUGGUAACUUCGGAACUGUCUUCAUGGACAACGGAUAUUACAACAAGGCAAUUGCCGCUCACCCCGUCCACGCUCUUCCGGGGUACAUCAUGGGAGGGCUUUCAUGGUUUGCCAUCCCAUGGCUUUGCGCCACUACCCUUGGUCUUGCUGCCAUUGCCCUUGAAAGCAACCCUGCUUUUCCCACCUACCCUCUACGGAUGUCUGAUGCCGAGGUCACGGCGGGUCUGGCGUUGCCGUAUGCUUCCAUUGCACUCCUUGGAGCACCUGGUGCGGUCUGCACCCUUCUGAUUAUUUUCAUGGCUGUCACUUCAGCUACCUCUGCGGAGUUGAUUGCCGUCUCUUCCGUCUUUACCUAUGAUGUCUACCAAACCUAUAUCCAUCCGCUCGCUUCCGGCCGGAGACUGAUUUAUAUGUCCCACAGCGCUGUGGUUUGCUUCAGCGUGGUCAUGGCAUGUUUCUCCAUGGGUUUAUACUACGGUGGCAUCGGUAUCUCGUGGUUGUACUUAUUUAUGGGGGUUAUAAUCUCUUCGGCCGUUAUCCCAUCUUCCCUCUCACUUUUGUGGUCUGGGCAGAAUAAAUGGGCAGCAUCCCUUUCUCCGCCACUUGGAACUGCCAGUGGCAUUAUUACAUGGCUUGUUACUGCCAAGACGACCUGCGGAACCAUUGAUGUUACAUGUACUGGCUCAAACGACCCUAUGUUGGCGGGCAAUGUCGUGGCUCUCCUCUCCCCUAUCAUGUACAUCGGGAUCUUCACCCUGAUCUUCGGCGUUGAUAAGUACGAUUGGGUUUCGAUGCAAGAAAUCCGCAAGGCAGACGAUCACGAUUUGGCCGACGCAGCGAAUGUUGACCUCGAGCUCGUUCCAGGAGAGGCGACGGUGUCCGCCACCGAAGAAGAAGCCGAGCAAAAGGCACUCGCGCGCGCGUCUAAGAUCGCAAAGACCAUGACUGUCCUCAUGGCUCUUGCUCUUCUCGUCCUUUGGCCGUUCCCUAUGUACGGCACGGGAUAUAUAUUCUCCAAGCCGUUCUUCACUGGAUGGGUGGUCGUUGGUAUUAUCUGGCUCUUCGGGUCCUUGUUCUGCGUGGGUCUCUUCCCUCUGUAUGAAGGGCGAGUGGCUCUGUAUGAGACCAUGCGAGCUAUCAUUCUCGACAUCCGUGGACAACAUCCGUCCAAAUUUCACCGCCCCGAGGCUACAUACAUCGAAGGCAAAGAAGAGGGUAGUAAUGACGGCGCAGAUACCCCACCAAUGGGUAAAGAUAUAGACGGCGAGAAGACAGGCGUUGUUGCGCAAUAA